AUGGCAUCCAAGGAGACGCAGAUCGCUCAGGCGACGGCUACUGAUGUUACCUAUCCCACUGAGAAAGCGCCAGAGACAGCUCAGCCACCGGCGUAUACGGCUGAUGGCAAUUCAGACCAAGAGUCUCUCGAUCAAGAGGCUCAGGCUGGUGUGAAGGGAGUCCAGGCCGCGGCCGUCGUGUGGACUAAGUCUCAUAUGAUCCUGGCAUAUGUGAUCAUUUGGUUUAUCUACUUUGUCACCUCCAUCCAGGAGGUCGUCAUCCGUUCCCUAAACCCCUACGUGACCAGUGCAUUCCAGCUCCACUCUUUGACGGCUGCCACGAGUAUCAUGGCCAAUAUCAUUGGAGGCUUGAGUAAAAUCCCCCUGGCAAAGAUCUUGGACUCGUGGGGUCGGCCUCAGGGUAUGUCUUUGAUGUUGCUCAUUUGGGUUGUGGGUUUCAUCAUGAUGGCGGGCUGCAACAACGUUCAGACAUACGCGGCCGCCCAGGUUUUCUCAUCCGUGGGAUCCCAAGGAGUCAGCUAUUGUUUGACCGUUUUCAUUUCGGACACCUCUUCGUUGAAGAACCGAGCCCUCAUGUUGUCGUAUGCAACCUCGCCAUACAUCAUCACCACCUGGAUCGGAGGACCAAUUGCCCAGAGUGUCCUCGGAGGCCCUGGCUGGCGAUGGGGAUUCGGAAUCUUCACCAUCAUUGUUCCGGUUGUGGUGGCUCCUCUGUGUCUUCUGUUCUUCUGGAAUCAGCGAAAGGCCAAAAAGAUGGGCUUGCUCGCACCCAGCCGUGGUCCUCUCACCUUGUCUACAAUCAAGCAGUACUGCAUUGAGGUCGACUUGAUUGGAAUCAUUCUCCUGGCGGGCGGAAUGGCCCUGUUCCUUCUUCCAUUCAGUCUCUGGUCAUACCAAAAGGAUCAAUGGCGCUCGGCGAUGAUCAUUUGCAUGAUCGUUUUUGGAGGCCUUUUGCUCAUCGCAUUCGCUCUCUACGAGCGAUUCUGGGCUCCAGUGACCUUCAUCCCGUUCAACCUACUUAUGGACCGAACUGUCUUCUUCGGUGGAUUGAUGUUCAUCUUCGAGUUUUUCAACUCGAUGGUCUGGGGUAGUUACUUCGGAUCCAUGCUCCAGGUCGUCUGGGGCCUGGAUGUCACCGAAGCCAGCUAUGUCCAAGCCAUCUACAGAGUGGGAUCUUGUCUCUUUUGUCUGCUCGUUGGUUUCCUGAUCCGCUGGACUGGUCGCUUCAAAUGGCUGGCCGUUUACUUCUCCUUCCCGCUUAUGAUUCUGGGCGUUGGACUGAUGAUCAAGUUCCGCCAGCCCGAUGCGGGUAUUGGAUAUAUCUGUAUGACUCAAAUCUUCGUUGCCUUCGCUGGUGGAACCACUGUUAUCUGCGGCGAGCUUGCUAUGAUGGCGCCUUCGGAUCACCAGCACAUCGCUGUUAUCCUUGCCAUGCUGAACCUGUUCGGUAGUAUUGGCAGUGCUAUUGGGUCAACUGUGUCUGCCGCUAUCUGGACCAGUGAGUUCCCCAAGGCGCUGGCUAAAUACGUGCCGGCAGAGGUGAAUGUAGCAAAGGUCUAUUCGGACAUCACCGCCCAGCUGUCGUAUGAGUGGGGCAGCCCGGCUCGGAAUGCCAUUGCUCACGCUUAUGGAGAUGCGCAGCGUUAUAUGCUGAUUACCAGUGUUUGUAUGCUGGUAGUUGCCUGGGGAUGUUCUGGUAUGUGGAGAGAUAUCAAGGUUAAGGAUCUUAAGCAGGUCAAGGGACGCGUGAUCUAA